AUGAAAAAUGUCACAGAAGUCACCAACUUUGUUCUGAAAGGCUUCACAAACAAGUUUGAACUGCAAGUCAUCUUAUUUUUUCUAUUUCUAGCAAUCUACAUCUUUACUCUAAUGGGGAAUUUAGGACUGGUUGUAUUGGUCAUUGGGGAUUCUCGACUCCACAACCCCAUGUACUAUUUUCUGAGUGUGUUAUCUUUCUUGGAUGCUUGCUAUUCCUCAGUUAUUACUCCAAAUAUGUUAGUAAAUUUUUUAUCAACUAAAAAAGUCAUUUCAUUCCUUGGAUGUGCAACACAGAUGUUUCUCAUUGUUACUUUUGGAACCACAGAAUGCUUUCUUUUGGCGGCAAUGGCGUAUGAUCGCUAUGUAGCAAUUUACAACCCACUCUUGUAUUCAGUUAACAUGUCACCCAGAGUCUAUGUGCCACUCAUCACUGCUUCAUAUGUUGGGGGCAUAAUGCAUGCUACUUUACACACUGUAGCAACAUUUAGCCUCUCCUUCUGUGCAUCCAAUGAAAUUAGACAUGUGUUCUGUGAUAUCCCUCCACUCCUUGCUAUCUCCUGCUCUGACACUCACAUCAACCAACUUCUACUCUUUUACUUUGUGGGUUCUAUUGAGAUAUUUACCAUCUUGGUUGUCUUGAUCUCCUACGGUUUCAUUUUGUUGGCAAUUCUAAAGAUGCGUUCUGCUGAAGGGAGGAGAAAAGUGUUUUCUACCUGUGGCUCUCACCUAACUGGAGUGUCAAUUUAUCACGGAACAAUCCUCUUCAUGUAUCUGAGACCAAGUUCCAGCUAUGCUUUGGAUCAUGAUAUGAUAGUGUCAAUAUUUUACACUGUUGUGAUAACCAUGUUGAAUCCCAUCAUCUACAGUUUAAGGAACAAAGAUGUAAAACAAGCAAUUAAAAAAGUGUUUGGGAAUAAUCGGUUUAUCAAUAAAGUAUAUUUUAAGCACUAA